CAACGAAGUCAUAUUACGCAUUCCAGUUUUUCCACUGCAGUCACAAGCGGCCGAGCUUAGACCAGCCAACCCCCUGUCAGCCGCAUUACAAUUCUUGGUCGUCAAUUCACAAUGCUUCAAAUCAUCGGAGGACCGGUUCCUCCAAACACUGACCAUGCAGUCAGUGUAUCACUCCCCACAUGGAAAGCAAACGUGGCCUAUGAGGAGGGGGAGUCAUGGGUGACAAGCAGCAUGCAAUGCGGCUAUCCACGGUUUUUCAUACAUCCGGUCAUCCAAGAACUUGCGGCUGAGAUUGUACGUCGUUUUGGUACCCCGAAAUAUGAGACCGCCAUGUUAUUUCCGUCCACGACCACCGCGGAGUUGUGCCGUUCUUUCAUGAAAUCGAGACUACCGGUUGAGCACCACAGCGGGAUACGGAUUAUGAGUUUCAGUCCAUCUCACCAGACAGAUGCCGGACUUUCCCCCACAGAUUUGUUGUUGUCUUCUGUGAUAUACCCGAAAGAGUUCGCGCCUGUUGCCAAACAAGUGUGGCAGCACACCGGGAAUGGCAUAUCGAGUCGACGUGGCGAAUUUUGCUUGGGUGCACUAAAAGGUGGCUUUCUAAUCGAGAGAAAUACUUCACUGGCAGAUACAAUAUCUCGGAGAAUUUGCAAGGGCCCUAGGAGGUACCAGGGCCGUGACUCUAUCAGUGGAGUAAGCCGAAGCAAUGGUAUUCAUAACCAGUCUCAAGAUCUUCUUUCCACAGGGGAAGCGCAGGAUGGUAAAGAAUAUGUGCAAUUCAUUGAAGAACGGUUUGGACGCAAUUUGAACGUCUCGCUUGCUGAUCAGGCACGAUUGGCUGUACGUCGAAGGAUAGCAGGGGUCCUGACUGCUGAUGUGGAGCUGAGUGAGGCCCUUGAGAAGACCGAAGGUGAGGGUCGUGUGGCGGGACUCACGGAUGCUGACGUCUUCCUCUACCCCACGGGAAUGAGCUCAAUAUUUAACGCCCAUCAGAUGUUGCUGUCCUGCAGAGGACAAUUGAAGAGCGUAUGCUUUGGGUUUCCUUACAUCGAUUCACUGAAAAUUCUUGAGAAGUGGGGUCCAGGGUGCUUGUUCUAUGGCCAAGGUUCUUCGGAUGAUCUAGAUGAUUUGGAAUCACGGUUGCAAGCCGGCGAGCGGUUUCUGGCUUUAUUCACAGAGUUCCCAGGCAACCCUUUACUGAAAUCUCCAGACCUCAAAAGAAUCCGCCAACUCGCUGAUGAAUAUGAUUUCGCGGUUGUGAUAGACGAGACUGUGGGGAACUUUUUGAACAUCAAUGUUCUCUCGUCGGCAGAUAUUGUGGUCAGUAGUUUGACCAAGAUAUUCAGUGGGGAUAGUAAUGUCAUGGGCGGAAGUGCAGUGCUCAACCCUCAUGGACAAUUCUAUCAAUCUUUGAAACGGACAUUUGCCCAUGAGUAUGAAGAUAAUGUCUGGGCCGAAGACGCUGUUUUCUUGGAACGGAACAGUCGUGAUUUCGCGUCUCGGAUCGAGAAAAUCAACAAAACCACAGAAGUUAUUGCAGAGUUGCUCCUGGCAUCUCCUUUGAUCAAGAAUGUUUAUUAUCCCAAAUUCAACCCUUCUAAACACUUAUAUGAAGCAUAUCGUACCCCGACCGGUGGUUAUGGAGGGCUAUUCUCUGUCACUUUCCAUUCGACCGAGGAAGCAAUGGCUUUCUUCGACCAACUCGAAGUACAUAAGGGCCCGAGUCUUGGAACAAAUUUCACAUUGAGCUGUCCAUAUACCUUGCUGGCACAUUAUGGCGAAUUAGAAUGGGCGAAUUCGUUUGGUGUUGAAUACGAUCUGGUCAGAAUAAGUGUUGGCUUGGAAGAGGAGUCAGAUCUGUGUAAUCGGAUACGGCGGGCUUUGGUAGCGGUGUCUGAUAUCAGAACACAGUAGACUGUGGUGAUUACCAUACUAUCAUGAUUCGACCCAAGAACAUCGGUUUGCAAGUCUUGAGUUUGAUCUAUAAUAAAUGCAUGGCCUUCUUGAUUCGUGAGACACUGGUUGGCGGCUCACCAUGAGACGGCUUAUGACAGCGCUUCUGUUAUCUAGGUCUGUGACGCAGAAGAAAGAAAGCGAUC